CCCUCAAACAAGCAGCCCCUCUUCCGAUCACGUGUCCACCCACUUGCGUUACACCGUGAUAGCUUGCCUUGGACAAAGUGGCCCAGCUGCUCUCUUCCAAAAUAUUGGGGGUUGAAUUCAAAAAAUCAGUCCCCUUCCGAGAUCGAAACGAAUUGUGGCGGAGGACAUACCUGGCUUGCGGGACCCAGGAAUGGAUAAUGCAGAUGUCCCCAAAGACCCCAACUCAGGAAUAUACGCUGUGUCGCGCUCGCGUGGCAAGCAGCCAGGCGAAUCUCGUCUCACUGCUAGAAUCAGGGAAAGGAGAAAGGCCGAUGGGAAAGCUCGCUCUUCGGAUGAGUCAGAGGCUGAGGAUGAGCUUGCCUCAGGCGCUGUGGUACUGCACAAAUUAUUCAACCGCAGUGUCGUUCUAUAUCCCAACAACACUGUCAUCAAAUCAGGGCAUCGCAUAGUGCUCGGAGAAGCAGAGGCGCUGAAGACGGCCGCGCGCGCUGGGGUCCUGGUGCCUACUGUCCACAAGGCAUACACAGCGCCAGAUGGACGAGUGAACUUAUGCAUGGAUUACGUCCCAGGGGAAUCCCUCGACAAGCUAUGGCCAGUCAUUUCUGAUAACGAAAAGAUCAACAUUGCGCACCAGCUACGGGCAAUUCUUGAAAGAAUGAGAUCCGUGGACCCGCCUCGUGAUCUCAUCAGUGCCUGUGACGGGACCGAGAUCCGAGACUCGCGUGUGUACUUUACGUACCAUGCGCCCGCUUGUCGUGGCGAGCAUGCUUUCAACGAGUAUUUGUUGUCAUCCUUAGAAGCGCCCACGCCGCCACUCGUGCGAGAAGCGCUCUCUCGAGGACUACGGACGGACCAUCGGAUUGUUCUAUCCCACUGCGAUCUUGCGCCACGGAACAUCAUUGUGCAAGACGGGAAGAUCACCGGGCUGGUGGACUGGGAGGACAGCGGGUGGUACCCUGAGUACUGGGAAUACGUCAAGUUCUUUCAACGCCCGUCAACCCACGAGUGGAAGCGGUACGCCGAGCACAUAUUCCCAGAGUUCUACCAUGACGAACUGAUACAGUACUUUGCCAUGGCGAGGUGGCAGAGCUCUUAGCCAGCGUUUUCUUGGAUACGAGUGAGAUAAUUUCAAGGUUCUCUUACCUAUGCAGAUUUCCAUAUUUUCUUUGCAAUUCGCAGCUGUUCUCGUGUAUCGUGACAACGCCUAUUGCGAGACGCUGCACUGGCCAAGUGAUCAGUUCGCGGGGUCGAAGUACAUGUAUGCGGAGAACGCUCUGAUUCCCACAGUGGAGUCAUUUUUCUCUCAUUCCCUUGGGCAAAUGUUAGAGAGCCCAAAUCACUUCAAGAGACCGUCCGCGACGGGAUCCAGAAGUGGCAGUUGACUUUGUGAUCUCGCGACUGAUUAAUGCCGUCUGAGUCGUGGCCAUGACG